AUGCCAUUGGGCGCGAAUGGAGCUACCGUCAUCCCGUCACAGUCCUCGUCCUCACGAGGCUUACCAACGAAUCCCGCCCAAGGACUUCGAAGACUACCGACGUCGAUAGCCAACAUGCCGCCGCCGCCGCCCAUUCCAGAGAAGUUCCAGCAGUCCUCGAGCUCGAAUCUCUCCGCUUCCGGUCCCAUGUCGGCAUCUCAAGUCAUCGCUCUCGCACGCGAGGCCAUGAGAAGCGCUAUUCGCGACAAUGAGUCGCAAGCAGCCGAAGCAAGUGGUGUGAGCACUGAGCUUAAACCGGGCGUUACGGUCGACCUGAGCCGGAGGAACAUCCAACAGCUGCCUGAUGAAGUCGUUGACAUUAUCAAAAAUGAGUUGGAACGGCUUGCAUUAUCCCAUAACAAACUUGCAUCUUUUCCUGCCAGGUUCUCUGAAUGCACGUCCCUACGUUAUCUCAACGUCAGGAACAAUCACAUCAAGGAAUUUCCUCUACCGCUAUGCAAUCUCAAAUCCUUGGAAAUUCUGGAUCUUGGUAGGAACAAGAUUAGAGUUCUCCCCCCUGACAUUGCAAAACUAGCUUCCCUCAAAGUGCUUGCGGUUCAGAAGAACCGGAUAGAAGAGCUCCCUCUCUGUCUGGGAGACAUGGUCUCUUUACAAGCCCUCAAGCUGGACGGAAACGCAAUCACGUUCCCACCGAGAGAAGUCUUGCAGGUCCAGGCCAGCAGUCCCCCGAACGAAGGGUUCCUAAAGGAAAGUGAAGUGACGGAAGUCACGGUGACGGCCCAUAUCAAAAAGUUUUUGAAGCAAAAAACUGCGGAAAAGCUGGAAGCAGAGAAGAAAAUCGAAUUCGAGAAUGGCAUGGGUGAUGAAGGCAACGACGGAAGCGAAACACCCAGAUUUCCUCUGAAGCGAGUGGUCAGCGGUCGAUUUCCCAUCAAGGUCAAUGGGAUCGAUGCACCUGACAUGCGUUCACCCAUUAUUCCGCGGCCGCCGCCAAUACCCUCUCGAUCACAUGCGCGUGGCUUGUCGCAGCAAAGCACAACAGUUAGGAAACCCGGGGUGAUGCCCUUGACAAUCGGCAAUCCCAACGAACGUCUUCGGUCAAAUAGCGAGACUAUACUGCAAGGUUCGCGCAUGGAUCGUUCUGCAGAACGCCCGAGACGGCUGAUGUCCAAGCGCACCAACGAACUGAGUACACUCGACGAAACACAGGCAAACAACAGAUUUAGCCAUUACCGCGGGCUCAGUCAUGGCUCUUCGAUGACUGGCAACGCACAUGCAAAUAUGGUCAGCCCCAAUAGCCCAGCUGAACCACUGUUGCAGAGACCCAACUACGUCCGUCGCCUCUCAGUCUUGCCGGAGCAACGGCGCGAAUCAAAAGUUGUGGACCCUAUCCUCGAGUCUGCCAAGGGCAUUCUCUAUGCCAUUUUUCAGAUCCACCCAAUGAUUCAACUCUUCACAAGGUUGACGAAUGACGGCACGGCUAAGCGCUCAAGCCUGGAGAUUGUCUUCUUUAACACCAAUAUGCAUGUAGAGGAACUCGAGCAGGAGAUCAUGAAGCAUGAAUCACUGGGCGCCGACAGUCAAGCCCCCAGGGAGAAUGAAAACGUUCAGCGGGCAGUUUUGACCCUGAUUAAUGCUUAUGGCCACAUCUGCUCCAUUCUCCUCAACAACAUGGAGACCAUUGUCAGCAAUGGCGAUCCGCGAUACAUCCGAACACUAAUGCUGUGUUUGUACAACAGCAUAACGGAACUUCGUGUCACGGCAAACCAAAGCCUGAUGGGCAUGCCUGGUUUCAACGCUCGUGCUCGCACACCUCGAAGGAUUGGACCAGCGGGAACGCUCAAGCCGCAUUCUCGUGAUAGUUCAGCAACACCAACUGUCGAUAGAGCCAACGUGGGUCCCCGGUAUCGUGGUGGUCAGCACAGUCACAAUCCAAGCAAUCUGAGGGUGGCGACUGAUGUUUCCAUGCCCUAUCUGAACGGGUCAGGGAGAACUGCCACUAUUACCUCUGCCACUCCUCGCUCUGGCGAGUCGUUUGCAUCAAGUGACGGUGGUCGCUACGGGACUGACAUCUCCGGCGAGGAGCGCCACUUUGAAAAGAUUUUCUUGUCCAUGUCCAAGUCUACGGAACUGCUCAUGCGCACUCUUCCAAUGUUUAAUCAACAAUUCAACAAUAGUCUGCGUGAGGCCAGAGCCCAGAGACAGCCAGAACAUGCUUUGCAGUGCUGGAGAGCCCUCAUCAACAGAUGUAGCCAAUCGAUUUAUCAGACAGAUCUCUUGAAAGGGCGCCUGUCGGCUAUCAAGUUUAAAGAGCCCGGGAUUCGAACGGACCCUGGAUUUUGGGCAUUAUGCAAAAGUUUUGUUGAUGCAUGGGCAGAUUUCGGAAAUAUGCUUAGACGUGCCAUGGAUCAGAUCUCGCUUUCUUUGGAUAUCAAGACACGGCUUCGCCCCAUUCAGCUGAGCGUCAAGGAGACAACGCAGCUCAUAUAUGCCUCGCCGUGGGCCAAUCUUUUCCGCCAUGCAGGUCAAUACCAGAGCCAGGGCCCAAUCCAGGGCCAGUUCCAAGGCCAAUUCCAGGGCCAGUUCCAGGAAGGUGUCAACUACUAUCAGCAGGGCCACUACACGUCCAACUCCAACUCUACGCAAGCACAGCUGCCAGUCACGCCGCAGAGUGCUGCACUUGGUCCGGCUGUACAAGCAACGGUACCUUCUACACCGCAAAGCGCAUCUUUUGCAAACGCGUUUUCCGGGAACGUGUUUGAACGGGCCGAUGCUCUGAUUUCAAUGGGUGGCCUCUCGAUGUCUCGAAGUGGGACCAUGAGCAGUUCCAACCACAGCUCUUUCAACUCGAUUUCCUCCAUGACUUCCGCCCAAGACGAUCGCGGCCCCGAGUCGUUGCUGAGCCCAAACAAUGGAGCAGGGCCGGUGCCCUUUCGACGCAACGGCGUUGGCAAGCCACCGUUUUAG